CUCGGAUCCACGGUAUACCGCCGAACCGGAGGACCGCGGACCGUUCCCCACCGGACCCGGGCGCCAUCUGAAAGGCUGAGGAAUCACGUCCACAUUUCGCUCCAGAUCGUCCCAUCUGCCAGGAGACAGGGAAGGGAAAUGGCUGUGAUGGAGCCAGCUCAGUUACGGCUAUUUGUGGCUGCCGUGGGGGAGACCUUGAAGUGGCUGGUGAGCACCGUGCGGGAGAUGCAGCAGGCCCAGCAGGCGGACAGACAGGCGCUGAUGACAUGGCAGGCGGACCAACAACGGGCCCUUCAGGAGUUCAUCAGGGAGCAGUCGGCAGCCCAGCAGCAGAUGCUACAGAGGGUGAUGUCGGUGACCUUCGAGGAUGUGGCUGUGUAUUUCACCCAGGGGCAGUGGGCUCUGCUGGACCCCGCUCAGAGAGCCCUCUACAGGGAUGUCAUGCAGGAGAACUAUGAGAUGGUGAUCUCGCUGGGAUUUCCCAUUCCCAAACCUGAGCUGAUCACCUGGCUGGAACGAGGGGAAGAGCCGUGGGUGCCAGAUCUCGAGGUCUGCGAGGAAAGAGAGAUCCCGAGAGGUGCCCACACAGGGUUGGAAUUGGCAACUCCCUCACUGGUUCCUCUGAAGAAGAACCUCAACGCUGUAGUGGUGUCUGAAAAAUACAACCUGAAGCCGAUGCCGAUGAAGAGACAGAGCACGUCCGCCCCCUCUGGAGACAACCCACCAGUAGAGAAGAAAUACAAACCUCUGAACACCACCCCCAACAGCACCAAGGAAAUCAAAGUCAAGAUCAUCCCCGUGCAACCAAUGGAGGGCUUGGGCUUCCUCGAUGCCCUUAACUCUGCCCCCAUCCCGGGGAUCAAGAUCAAAAAGAAAAAGAAAGUCUUGUCUCCUACGGCAGCCAAGGCGAGCCCGUUUGAAGGGAAGCCAGCCCCAGAAGCGAGCGCUGCUAAACCAUCCUCACCAGAACCCGUUACUGCAUCCGAGCCGAUGGAGGUGGAUCGGCCCGGUACCCCUGUGCCGGCAGUAGAGGUCCCAGAGCUGAUGGAGACCGCCUCGUCCGAGCAGAACUCAGACACCAAGCCGUCCGAGAGCGCCGCUGACUCCACGCGGCUCACCAAGAAGGGCAAGAAGAAGACAGUGAGCUGGCCUGAAGAGAGCAAGCUGCGGGAGUACUUCUACUUCGAGCUGGAUGAUACUGAGCGAGUCAACCUGAACAAGAUCAAGGACUUUGGCGAGGCAGCCAAGCAGGAGAUGCUGAAGGACCGGCACGCCUUCGAGACGGCGCGCCGGCUCAGCCACGAUGCCAUGGAAGAGAAGGUGCCCUGGGUUUACCCCAAGCUCAUCGACCUGCCUAGCUCCCUGGUGCAGCCGGGCAGCGGCAGCCGCGAGAAGUUCACCCAGGCCGAGAGGGAGAAGAGCAUCCUGCAAGAGAUCUUCCUCUUCAAGGAGAGCGUUCCAGAUAGUCCCCACGAACCCGACCCAGAGUCUUACAAACCCCUGCCGCCCAAACUCAUCCCGCUCGACAAGGAAUGCACCAUGGACAAGGCCGCUUACCAGGAAGGACUCGACCCGGCCACCGUCUCGCAGUCUCCCGACGAAGCCGGGGCCUCCAAGCUGCCCCCAGUGCUGACCAACCUGAUGCCGGCCCCCAUCUCCAAGAGCCCUCAGGGCCAGGGCCGGCUCCAGCAUUUUUGCCGUCCCACAAAAAAAAAAAAAAAAAAAAGCCGCAAUCGGAGAAAAAAAAAAAAAAAAAAAGCCGCAAUCGUGAUCGCCGGCGACAAUUCCUUCACUCCGAGAGGGAGUGAGGGACCUGCCGCCCCCAAAUUGCCGCACGUGCCGCCCCUCUCCCUUGGCCGCCCCAAGCAGCUGCUUGUUAAGCUGGUGCCUGGAGCCGGCCCUGCUCAGGGCCCCAACCCCAGCUCCUCCAUGAACGUGCAGGAGAUCCUCUCCUCCAUCAUGGGCGGGCCCAACAACCACAAGACGGAGGAGCUAAUGAAGCAGCCGGAUUACUCGGACAAGAUCAAACACUUUCUUGGCAACCUCCAGCCACAGCCCCUGGGGCCCUCAGGAGUGCCCCACGGGCUGCUGGGCCCAGGGCUCCUCGCCAAUGGAUUCCUGCCUGGACCAAAGAACAUGCAGCAUUUCCCUCCUGAGGGGCCAGGACCCAUGCCUGGUCCCCAUGGUGGCCCUGGGGGUCCCAACAUGCCCCCAGGUCCCGGCAUGCCUGGUGGGCCCAGGAUGAUGGGCCCUCUCUCUCCCCAGCAAGGCGAGUUCUGGGAUCCCCCUGAUGGCGGAAUGCGAGGAAACCCCCAGGGGGGUAUGCAAGGGGGUGGCCCCGGCCCAGGGCCCGGCCCAGGCCCUUUCCACCGGGGGCGAGGUGGGGAGCCCCCCUUCCGGAGUCAUGAUGGAGGCCACGGAAGAGACAUGUCGAGCCGCCCCUUGUGUCGCCACUUCAAGUUGAAAGGCAGCUGCAGGUACGAGAACAACUGUGCCUUCUACCAUCCCGGAGUGAACGGGCCGCCCCUGCCGUAG